UUCAAGUGCAUUCAACAUGUUCCUUCUGAGCCCUCGCCAACCAUGCCCCCCUACACACACACACACACACACACACACCACUCACAAGUUUACUGAAGAAAAACAGGGUCAUUAAUCCAGACUCAGCCUGGCAUGGCAAAAGAAACAAGCAGCAUUCUCACAGGGAGAAACUUGAAUUUGUAGGCUAGUUGUGGUUUUGUCUUUAGACCAUGAAGAGGAUUGAGAGACACAUGACCAAGGGACUACUGUAUAAACACUUUGAUUUGGAGAGAAAGUAUGCCAAACGGGCUGAAGUCAUGCUGGGCCAAAGAUUGCAGAGCCUAGAGAAUAUUUGCCUCUACCACAUGAAGUGGCUAACCAGGGAGCAGAGACAGCUCCAAAAGGAACUGCAGCGGUUGCAGAAAGAUAUCAUCAAGAAAAAAUUCUCCUAUUUUGGGAAUGGAAUCCAGGAGAGACCAAAAGAUGUUCUUGUGUUCUUACCACAGAAGCAGAGAGCCCCACAAUCUAAUAAACCCAGAGCAUUGACAGCCAAUAUGUCCCAAAAAAUAUGUAAAACCAAGUCCCAGAUGCCGUCUUUCCAUCACACUGGCCUCAAAGUCUCCAAGAGGAACAAAGAUCAGUUGCUAUCUCAGAACAGCAGAGCUGCCCGCUUCACUGAAGAGAAGCCACAAGUCCAAGAGAAAGAUUCUACAAACCCACCUAAGGGUGCAGGCACCAGCAAGGGCAUCUCUAUUCUAUGUAAAGAUCGAGAAGUCUCCAUCAACACCCCAGACCAAGGCCCUGGACCUAGCCUAGCCAGUGGCAGUGGAAUGACACAUGCUGAUGAGACCAGAUCAAUAGAUGCCAAUCUAAAGCCAGACUGGGAUGCUGGGAAACAAAUUCCCUGGAAUCCCAUGGAAGGGGCAAAAAACUUUAAGGCUGAGCCCACAAAGGCAACCUAUUUAGAGUUGUUUGAAAAGGUCAGAAAUGCCCACUAUAUCCGGCACAGGGUGCCCCCUGAGUCUGAGAGGUUGCUUAGCACAGGAGAGAUAUUUGUGCAUGAGGAAUCUUUAACAGUCCAGGGAAAGAAAGGAGUGUAAGAACAGGCUGCCUAUCUAAGUUACUUCCUCUCUAACCACCUAAUACAGCCUCCCCAAAACUUACAGUCAUCAAGGAAAUGUGUUCCUCAAAUAACUGUAGUACACAAUACACACACACACACACACAAACAGCAAUAUAUGACAAAAUUUUCGUUUAAACCCCAGGUUUUUCUCCCCUUUACAGGAAUAUAAUCUUUCGCUGAGUGAACAAUGCUAGUAUAUGAAAAAUGAGAGGGAGGAUAAAUCUUCUGAAAAUAUUUUCAGUGUUGGACUAGUGUUGCUAAUGCCAUGAAAAAUAUGAAUCUACAUUGAUGACUAGUUUUUUCCUGAAAAGAAAAAUAUUAAGGGGCCUCCUUUCAUUUAUCCCCCUUUCUUAUAGGAGAUUCUUAUGGUGCCAUCUGCUGGCGAAAUGUCAUAGCACUUUCUGUAUGUUUUAAUUUCACAUAAGAUGGUGGGAAAAAUGUAUACUAUAAACUAUAAAGCAGUCCAUAAAUAAAACCUGCUCUUCUGCCAUAGCUCUGUGUCCUUUCUUGAAACCCUUUUCUUGCUUCUUUCAUUUCCAGGU